AUGGUCUCCAACGCCCCCAAGCGGAAGCCCUUCGGUCAGCCUGCAAAUGGCGCAUCCGGAGCAGCUCGCAAACGGGCCAAAACUUUCGACGCCCGCACCUUGGCCGUGCAGUCGACCGACGCCGCCCUCUCCGCAACGGGCGAGCUCGAUGUGGCCGCUUACUCCGCAGCUCGCGCAUUCGAAAUCCAGGCGCUAGAGGAGGGAAUGCAACGGUCGAAAAAUGUCCUGACGACGCGAGCUUUUCAGAAAGUGCCCCGCAAGUUGCGCCGGCGAACGGCCAGUCAUAAUGUCAAGCGUGUUCCGCGGAGGUUGAGGGCUCGGGCGAAGCGAGAGAUGGUCGAGGACAACACGCCCACUGUCACGGCGCGCAGACGCAAACCAUCGCAUAUGAUGCGCAUUCGACUCGAAACCGCUCGCCGUCUUCAAGCUAUUAACGCCAAGACGAAGGCUCGGCGUGUGGCUGCGAAGCAAAAGCGAGACCAAGAGAAUGGGUCAAGCCUGGAAAAAGUGGGUAGCCAUACCUUUGAUAUCGCACCGCGGGUUCCCAAGAUCAAGAAGAACAAACUUUCUCGACCGACGCCGGCAGAGCCCAAGUACCGCAAGCGCCAGAAGUGCAAAUACUGGCUUCCGACCCAUUUAUACCAUGCCAAACGUGCCCAUAUGGCAACAAGCAAAGACCCAAUCUGGCGCUUUGCUAUUCCAUUAUCUCCUACGGAGAAGAGUUACCGACCCACUCAUCGGGCUCGAGGCGCUAGGGGAGCUGUGGCGUGGGAUAUGAGUUAUAUGUCUACUAUUCAGCUCGAGGGCACGGAAGGAGCGAUCCAGGCUGCUCUCAUGGCUGUUGGUGUCAACGGGGACAGUGCAUGGGGUACGAAAGGGAAGAAAUGGAGAGCAGGAACUCGAUCUCUGAAGGCCUGGACCUUUGAAAAAGAUCAUGCAAAGCGUCCUACUGCGCCUGUCACAUUGCUCUGGUGUGCUGCCCCCACAGAAGAAGAUGCUGAGAUGGUCGACGCCGUUCAAUCUCACAAAACAUCAAAGAAGAAUCACCGAAAACUCUUCAUUCGGGUCCAUCCCUCGGCAUUUCUUCAACUGUGGACAGAUCUUCUUGAUGUUUCGAAAAAGCAGAAUCCCCCUGUCAUGGUAGAAGAUCUACGAUUUGAAAUUGGCAGCAUUGAAAUCACCGGGCCAGGGUCUGUAGAGGCAUUGCUGACAGCAUUGAAGCCGAUUAUUGGAGCUGACGGCAAAGCCCCAGACUGCAGCCCGGAAGCUGUCUGGCGAUCACUUAUUGGUGUAUCAAACCCCUCUUCACUGCCACAAAAUGCCCUCCUUUCCUUUGAUAUUUCCGAUCCACGUCUGCAUUUCCCCUCACGCACUAUUCAUGUCCCCGAUAACGAAUCUCACAUGACCGAACUUGCUGUUGCGCUCGCCUCAUGGCACCCAGACAAAACACAAGGACCGUCCUCGCUAUUUGACCGAUCAAGUCGGUUGACGGCGUCUCGUCUACUUCCAAGCCAGAAAGCCAUCAACAGACGCCGUACUGUCGCUGGACCUGGUAACUUCCCGCCAACGCAACUUACUGACCCCCAAAUUCCGGUCAUUAUUCUUGCAAACAAGCCCCCAGCUCGGUCUAAGCGCAGCAAUGCUCCCGGAUCUCUCACCGUUCUUUUACCAUGGAAAUGUGUCGUUCCAGUCUGGUACUCUAUCAUGUAUUACCCGCUCUCAAGCGGAGGAAACCCAUGCCUCGGUGGUUUGAAGGAGCAACAGCAGCUUGCUUUCGAAGCCGGCGAGCCUUGGUUUCCUGGAGACUUCCCAGGAACACGAGCUGGCUGGGAAUGGGGACAACGUGAUACUGAAAAAUCCCGACGUGAAUGGGAGCGGCGUCCCAAGGGCCGUCGUGCCGAAUAUGAUAAUAUCUUACUGGGCGAGGGCCGUCCUAAGGGCGAGAUUGGUCGUGGUUGGGCCUGUGAUUGGGAACGACUCCUUCAAGGGCCCAGAUCAGAUGUUCCUGAUUCCAAGAUCGAGAAAGUCGAGACCAGUGACAAGAGCUCCAACGACAAGUCUACCGAGUCUCAGGAUAAGGUCACAGAUGAAAAUGCCAGUCUUGCUGUUCCACCACUCGACAUUCACAAUGUCCGUUUUGCUCCGGUGGAUACCCAUGUCACUUUGAGCAAGCUCAGUGAAACAUCCGUUAAUGCUUCCACACUCGCCUCUGUCUAUAUCUAUCUCACUGGGCGCGGAACUCCUACAUCCCAUGCCCGAAUCUACCGUCUUCCUACAGACCCAGCCCUACGCCGGCAAUGGCUUGAUCUUGCUUCUGUGCGUCACAAGGCUACUCCGUCAAAGACCUCAAAGAAGGCAACAUCUGAGCCUGCUUCCGAGGAAGCUCGACGUCUCCUUGCCGAAUCUCUCGUCUUGGGCUCUGCUGCUGGAGAAACGGACUCUGAGCAUCUGGAUGUUCCUACUGAAGAUGAUCUGAUUGGAUUUGUUACUACGGGUAAUUAUAAUCUCUCAGAAGCCAAGGGGACAGGAAUGGGCUGCAUUCAGCUGUCUAAGGUGUUGGAGUCUGAUGUCAAAUCAUCUGAGAGAAGGAUGUGUAUAAUUCGGACUUCUGGACAGAAGAGUGGGCGAUUAGCGAUGUGGGAUUUUGUAUGA